UGUUGCUGUUUGAUACCCACGUGCGUAACGUGCAACGCCGAACUAACAACGAUCCUUAAUUGUGAAAAUGACAUCAAAUUUCUAUCCACUGAACCUGCGAAGGUUUCAAGACAAGGAUCCAAUUGCCACACCCGACACCAACUACUGGGACCGGCUGUCGCGGCCCGAUCUGCUGAAGGAACAUACCACCAUAGACUAUGUAGACUUCAGUCCCAGCGACCCGGACAACUUUGUGCUGACUUGUUCAGUGCGUGUGCAAGUUUACAAUCUGGUGACCAAGCUAGUUGUCAAGAAUUUGUCGCGGUUUCAAAAGACCGCAUAUGGCGCCACAUUCCGGCAAGACGGUCGACUUUUGGCAGCCGGCGACGAGGAGGGUCAUGUCAAGCUCUUCGACACUGGCAGCCGCAACAUACUGCGUCUCUUCAAGGGUCACAAGGCGCCAGUGCAUCGUACCUUCUUUACCGCGGACAAACUGCAGCUUGCCAGUUUUGCUGACGACAAAUCGGUGCGCAUGUGGGAUGUGUCCAAUGAGAAAGUGGUAGCAAAGUACAAAGAUGCACACACAGAUUAUAUACGUGCAGGUGCCAUGCAUCCACAAUCUUCAUCCACAUUUGUGUCCGGCGGCUACGAUGGCAAAAUCAACCUGUACGACACACGAUUGGAUACGCCCAUUGUGCGCACACUGGACCACGGCAGCCCCGUGGAGUCGAUGCUGUAUCUACCCAAUGGCUCAAUCUUUAUUAGCGCAGGCGGCACUCAGGUGCGCGUCUGGGACAUGAUUAGCGGCUGUCGCCUAUUGACAGCCAUGUCGCAGCAUCACAAGACCGUGACCUGUUUGCGUUUGGGCUCCGAUGGCAAGCGUCUGCUGUCCGGCGGCUUGGAUCGUCAUGUGAAAAUCUAUGAUGUCAACACAUACAAAACUGUGCACACACUUACCUAUCCCAAUGCAGUGGUUAGUCUGGGUGUGGCGCCUAAUGAUCACGCUGUGGUGGCGGGCAUGGUGGAUGGUCUGGUCUCCAUACGACGCAUGAAUGCCGAUGGAAAAGCCAGCAAGCAAAGACGACAAAAGCCCCAAAGACAUGCUCGUAGCCAUCAGCAGCAGGUGCAAAAGCCUUUGGUGCCAGAAACAACCACCGCACGCGUGGAUCAUGUGAUUGCGGAUAAGAGACAGAGAGGGCAGCAGCUGAAGCUAUACGAUAUACAUCUGCGCAUGUACAACUACAAGAAGGCGCUGGACAACGUGUUCGUGCAAAAGAUAAUUGAGAACCAUCCCGAGCGCGUUGUCGCUGUCAUUACAGAGCUGCUGCAUCGCGAUGGCUUGGAGGCAUCGCUUAAAGAUCGUCCCGAAGCUGUCAUCAUUAAAUUCAUAAACUUCAUUUGCAAAUAUGUUGGCGAAACGCGAUUUAUGCGGCCCUUGUUGAAUGCCGCCAAUACGCUAAUGGAUGUGUUCGAAAACAAUGUCGUGCCCUAUAGCAAGAGCAUGCUGGUCGCACUGGAGAAGCUGGAGAACGCCGUGCAAUCAGAGAUGAAGCUCACCAUGCAGCUGAUGGAGCUAAAGGGCGCACUGGACAUGAUCAUUGGCUCGGCGCUGGAUAAAAAGCAAACUGACUCCAGCUGUAGCUACAUACAGACCAAGAUGCCACGCAUGCAGCCCUCGAAGCGGGCGCAACAAUAUGUUGUAGUUGUAGAUUAAGCGGGAGUAGGAGAAGAGGCCUCAAUAAAUGUUACAAUAAUGUACAGCUUAAAAUUUCACUUUCGCUUUUAAUUGUAUAAGAACGAGGCAGAACGUCUAAUCA